AUGGGUUUAGUAGUCCGAGAGCUUCAGUGUGAUCUAGUGGUGUCUACACUAGCAGCUGGGUUGGUUAGGACAUCUACGGUGUGUUCUGGAUGUCCUAUUGAGGUUGAUGGGCACAAGUUCAGAGUGAACCUUAUUAGCUUACCUCUACAAGGGCUAGAGGUAAUAUUGGGAAUAGAUUGGUUAAUUGCCAAUUGCAUUCUUUUGGACUAUGGUGAAAAGAAGCUGAUAUUUCCUAGUGAAGACGAAGACAUGUCCUUGUCGAUUGGCGUGUUGAGACAGGAUAUAAUGGAAGAUCUUCGGGUUGUGAACGAUUUCUUGGACGUAUUCCUUGAAGAAGUUCUUGGUUUACCUCCUUCAACAGUGAUAGAGUUCUCUAUAGACCUAGUGUCAGGAGCAGGGUCAGUGUCUAUAGCCCUGUAUCGGAUGGCUCCAGCUGAGUUGGCCGAGUUAAAGAAGUAG